UAAAUCUAAUUUUAACUACCGUGCCUCUCGAAUCUUUCCUCCGACCCCUCUCGAGUUAUCCAAAAUCGCCAAAUACUCGGGCGUGACCACUCCGCAAAUGGUGAUCCAACUUUCAAUGGCCCUCUUGGGGUCCUGGCUGGGUUGAGUGGUUGAGCCUAAAGCCAACGUGACGUCCCUGCGUCAUACAAUUGCACCACGAAAAUCUCCAGCUAACCCUCACUCGCCAUGGCCGAAACAUCGUCUUCCGCGGGCACCAGCGAAACAACACAACCACAGGAACAGGGCGAAGAGCUGAUAUCGCAAUGCGUUUCCCUUCUCUCCAAAAAUGACGAUACCUCGCGUUUCGUUGGACUGGCUAUGGUGCUGUCGAUCAGCAACCAUGUCGUCGACCCCACCAGCGUGUUCCAACGCUGCGCUGCGGCCCUGAAGCCGACGUUUCUCGAUCGGCUGUUGAAAGCUGGCACCACGAAACAGAAGUCUCCCGAGGAGGCGACACAGAUGGUGGAGCUCGCGGUCAAUAUCAUCAACGCCUUCGCCACGUCUCUACCAGAUGCUGGGAACAAUCCGUUCCUGGUGGACCGGACACCAGCGCUGAUAGCGGUUAUUCCUGAAAGCUCGGCGAUGACGGUAGCUACAAUCCUACAGAUCCUCAUCGUGUUUGCGUCAGGGUCACUAGGUGCACGGAAGAUUGUUGAAACUGAAGACUUUGGGCCUAUUGUAGAUGCGCUGGCAGCAAACGACAAUGCGAAUCUGGUUUUGCAGCAUGCUUUCACGAGUGAUCUGGGCGAGGCGGAGCUCGUCAGGCCCUGCCUGAAACGCUUGCUGUCAUCGUUGGGUAACAAAGUAGGCGUCUGUGAGCGUGAGACCAGACUCGCGAUCCUUUCGCUCCUCGGUGAGCUGUUGACGAGGGUACCCUCUCAGUUCAUUCCCGCAGACCCAGAAUGGGUCGAGCCCUUCUACGCCGCCUUCAGGGCGAUCUUCAGCUCCGGGCCAUCCUCGGAGGAGCGCCGUCACUGCAUCAUAAUCAUCGCCAGUUUCCUACACUCCUACGCACCCUCGCAGUUCUUCCAACGCUUCUCCACCCCCACCACCGACGGCCCCUCCUCCAACACGCCGCCAUACCUCUACCUCCUCCUACAAAUAAUCACCAUCGACAUCCGGGCCUCCUUCCCCUCGCUCCUCGCGCAUCUUGCACUACCCUCGUACGCCUCGACCUCGCAGCGGCUCGCCUGCAAUUUCGACAUCCUCUCUGUCUUCCUGAACUUCCUCGCUACAGCUAGCGACUUCUCGCAAAUCGGCAUCUCCCCGGACCACCUCCUCAAGCUGCGCACCGACAUCUCCGAGACCUUCGGACUAACCCUCGAAUUCCUGCGCGACCGCUGGGACGCCGUGUACACGGGCGCAGCGUACUUCGAGCCCGGCUUCGAGCCCGCCGACCAGCCAAAGCAGCUGACAUGGGACAGCACGCUGCUUGGCGGUCCCGAGCGCGACGCGCUGAUCAUUGGCGCGGUACGCGCUCUCGCGUUCUGGCUGCGCGAGGACGAGAGCCUGCGUGAGGAGGCCGGCGGGAUGGUGGAUGUGUUCCUGGGCCUGUGGACGCGGGGCCAGGAAGCGGGCGUGGACUACCGCCCCUGGGUCGUCACGGCGCUCCACGGCGUCAUGGAGGAGAAACAUGGCCGCGAGGUGUUUGUGCAGCUCCGGGCGUGGAGAACGGUCUGGGAGGACUUGAGGGCGAACUGCGAUGAUGACUUGGAGGGCCAGCUGGCCCUCGAGGAGGCGAGGCUUCUGGAGACGUUUGUGCAGGCGGAGGAGUUUGCUGACGAGGUCUGGGCAAGGGAGUUGGUCGCGUUUGUGGAGGAGACUACGGCUUCUUGGGGAAGAGAUAAGUUGGAGCUGGCGGUGGUGCUGUUUAGUUUGGCGAGCGAGUGUGUACUCGCCACGCUGGGCCCGUCGGGCCGGUUCCUGCAGAAGGAGGUGGAACAGCUGCGGACGGUGUAUUCGCGCCUUGUGGCGCUGGUACCGCCCGAAUAUGGUGAUGAGGUGAAGGAACUGGUCGAGACACUGGAGAAUCUCAUGACCAUUCUCGCGGUCUAUAGAUAGCCAAUGUCACUUCAUUCUGGACUUGCGUGAGAUGAGAACAAAUAAGUGCCUCUUUUACUUCGUCUAUUAUGAAUUCCUCCAUCCAGUAUGUAUGUAGAAAUCACCACUUGGGAUACUCAAACACCUUGACAAACUCGUCAAUGACAGCAGGAGUGCCCGAACAAUCACUCAUCUCGCUCUUGACCUUUGCCUCCGGAAGCCUGCAUUGAUCGAUCGGUCAGCAACUCUGCCGGCCCCCACCCCCACCCAACGAGGU